ACAGGCUCUCCGAUUGGCCGGCGUGGUUCUAACUUCUUAGGCGCAGACACCAAGUCCAAAGUCACUUUAUUUUUUACGUGUCCGGCGAGUCUGCGGGUUGGUCGAGGUGCUUUGGACGGCAUGGUUUCGUACGGCGUGUGGUGCCACCGGAUGCUUUUGGGCGGUCGCGCCGAGGCCGGGGCCCUUUCGGCGGGGCUGUUGCGGCGGCGACGGUACUCGAGCGCUACCCCGCCAGCCCCGGAGCCGAGCGCGGCCGCAGCAUCCGUAGCUGCCCCCGAUCAGACUCCGCCCCCCCGCCGGAUGCUGCCUGCGGAGACUCUGCCCUUCUCCUCCUUCCUGACGGAUGGUUUCGGUCGCAGACACAGCUACCUGCGCAUCUCGCUGACGGAGAGGUGUAACCUGAGGUGUCAGUACUGCAUGCCUGAGGAGGGGGUGACGUUAACUCCCCGGGCCCAGCUGCUAACCACACAGGAGGUGCUCAAGCUGGCCCGCCUCUUUGUCUAUGAGGGGGUGGAGAAGAUCCGGCUGACGGGGGGGGAGCCCCUCAUCCGGCCUGAUAUCCUGGACGUCAUUGCUGAGCUCCGGAAGCUGGAGGGUCUGAAGAGCAUCGGUGUCACGACCAACGGCCUGAACCUGGCGAAGCUGCUGCCGGGCUUGAAGCAGGUGGGCCUGGAUCUGCUCAACGUCAGCCUGGACUCGCUGGUGCCGGCCAAGUUUGAGUUCAUCGUGAGACGUAAAGGAUUCCACAAGGUGAAGGAAGGCAUCAACAAGGCCAUUGAGAUGGGAUACAGCCCCCUCAAGGUGAACUGCGUGGUGAUCCGAGGUCUCAAUGAAGACGAACUGGUGGACUUUGUGGCCUGGACUGAAAAGAAUCCCCUGGAAGUUCGCUUCAUCGAGUACAUGCCCUUUGACGGCAACAAGUGGAACUUCAAGAAGAUGGUGAGCUGUCAGGAGAUGCUGGAUGGGAUCCGGCAGAAGUGGCCUGACCUGGAACCGCUGCCUGGAGGACAGGCGGACACGGCCAAGAUCUUCAGGGUUCCUGGUUUCCAGGGCCGGGUGGGCUUCAUCACCUCCAUGUCCGACCACUUCUGCGGCUCCUGCAACCGGCUGCGGCUCACGGCGGACGGUAACCUCAAGGUGUGCCUCUUCGGAAAUGCGGAGGUAUCCCUCAGGGACUCUCUGCGGUCAGGAGCUACUGAUCAGGAGCUGCUGGAGAUCAUCGGAGCUGCUGUGGGCAGGAAGAAGAAGCAUCACGCAGGAAUGUUCAGCAUCUCCCAGAUGAAGAACCGGCCCAUGGUCCUGAUUGGUACUGCUUCAUCAAGGCCUCCUUCCUCCUCACCCCCCAUCCCCUUUCUGCAGUUUCUGAACCCGCUCCUUCAUCCCCUAAAUGCAGUAUCCCCCAAGCCAACUCUCUCCCUGCGACUGUACCACUCCCUCUGUGGGGGUCACACUGGCAGCAAAAACACAUGGUGCCUUCUUAAUAGCACAGCCUCUGGUGACCCGGGUUCCAUCAUAGAUGGGGGCAGCCCUCGGUGGAACCGCGGGUCAUCACAGCCCUGGAUCACUCGGACGUUUAAGGGAGUGACCCUCCCUGCAUUAACCUCCCGCAGAGGAUUGUGGGAUUGUGACAGUUUGACAGCCGGUUUACAGGCAUCGAGAGCCAAACUCGAAGCGCUCGCUGAACAGAACCCAGCAAGGGUCUGGUGGCAUGGCAGCGUCCUGGGGGCAGCUCGCUUUCCACUGGGCACUCCCUUCAUCAACCGCCAGCUGGGUAAAGCCAAAGACGGACCCCCACUAGAAAGCACUCCGAGUGGCAGGCAUGGGCACGCCCCCAGCAACCCCGCCGAGACCGACACCCUGUCAACACCACCAGCCAGUCAGCUGACGCACAUCGACGCCCAGGGCCGGGCCCGUAUGGUGGAUGUGGGUGCAAAGCCCGUCACCCACAGGACGGCGGCUGCUGGGGCUGUGGUACACCUGACGCCCAAGGCCUUCAGCCUGGUGAAGGAGAACCGGCUGGCAAAGGGCGACGCCCUGGCUGUGGCACAAGUCGCCGGCAUAAUGGCCGCCAAGCAGACCAGCACCCUCAUCCCGCUCUGCCACCCGCUGCCGCUGGACCAGGUCAACGUCACCAUGGAGCUGGUGGAAUCGGAAUGCACGGCUGUCGUGACGGCGACCUGCCAGACCACCGGCCGCACCGGGGUAGAGAUGGAGGCCCUGACGGCCGCCUCGGUCGCAGCCCUGGCGCUCUACGACAUGUGCAAGGCAGUUAGCCAUGACAUCACCAUCACGGACAUCAAACUGUUGAGUAAGACGGGGGGCCAGAGAGGCGACUACCAGCACAAAUGCCUGGGCAGGACAAGCCCCACCCACAACCCCAAAGCAGCAGCACUGGACACGGAUGACAAAUGAAUUAAUGAUUUAGUGGGAUGUUUAUUGCAGUCGUCUAAUAAUUGCAACUCUCCCAAACUGCAUCCGAGUGAAGAGGAUUCUGGGAAAUUGUUUCUGUGUCUGGGCUGAAACACAAUAGGUCAGGCCACCUGGUAUUGCUCUCCCUCGGCCCUCCAAUCGUAGGCUAGUUGUCCCAGCGUGUCACUGUAUAAAGCCAGACCUUGUCGUCCACCCUGCACUGAAGAUCCUCUUAAGAUUAAGUGCUACAGUAGGACCGGUCCACGCCUUCAAGAAUGGACAGCUGUUGGCUCAGUACACAUGCGACCAUUUACAGGGCGAUUUGUAAGCCUGACCCCUGGUGUCUCUGCACUGCUGCCCCAGUGGUUAAGUAGAGGUACUGCAGCUUAUCUGAAGAAUGAGUUUCAUGUUGCUGCUAGCUGAAGACGCAGCAGGGAAUUCAGGGCUGUCUCUGCCGAAGGCUGACCAAUAGGAAUGAGGAAGAUGAACCACGCACAAAUAUGUUUCUCUAAGCAAUAUCUUUUUCUAACAAACACUGUGCUCGUACUAUUUUGGGUUUGGAUGCUGUCUGUUGGUCGUGCCAUAGCAGAUCAUUUUGGUAAAUCUUGGCUGCUUAAGCCUCUCGGAACAAACCUGAUUGCAGGAGCAUGAAGGUGACAUUACUGAAAAAGAACAGAGAGAGACUGAAAAGACCCCCUACCACCCAAAUAACAUAAAAGUAGCUUUUCUAUACUGAAGCCACGUGAUGAAUGAUUUGCAAAUUCCCUUUGGUUCAAAUAAUGGGCUCUAGCAUUUUGUAUCUUUAAGUUCUAAGGUUGUUCUACUAUUUCCAGAAUUGAACCCAGGGGAAGUGACCAAGGGGCAAUGCUGACUGCCGCUGCCUGCCGCACUAUGUGGCCAACGGGACACUUUCCCUGGGUUCAAUCUUAAGGUGCCCUUAAAACAGUGGGAUUAAGUGAUGAUGCAGUGCUUUAAUACCCCUCUGGGGCUUUGUCACGCCAAAGCGGGUUUGUGAAAUGUGACAAUCUAUUUUUAAUGUUUGUGAGUCAAAUUUAUGGUUGCAUACAAAUAAUGUAGUCAAAUCUUGUGAUUUCUUUUUGUGUGUGGUGUGAUAUGCCUUUUUUGGAAGAUAAUCCAGGAAUGUCUAGUUAAGAGUGUAUCUUAAAUCUAGAUAAAAUGUAUUGCCCAAGUUCUAAUAUGUAUACUAAGUCUUAAAAUGUAUGUUUGAUAAUUCAAAAGCUUCGUUUUUGUACGUGACAUGGACAUCAACGUUUUUAAUGCCAUGAAAUCCAGUGCAUCCCAGCUGUUUCUGACUCUGCAUUAUUCUGCUGUGGUUAUUAAUUUUGUACUUUUACGUUUGAAUAUUUUCCUUAGCCUAUCUCUACAUGGAAUGUUAAAUCAUGGUUCUGGUAUUGAUUAUUUGUUCCUGCUUUUUGUGGCCCAGUGGCUAGUGAGGUGGCCUCAUCUCAAAUUCCACCCCCCGCCCUGUGUGCGUGAGGCCAGCUUGUCAUCCCGGGGUUGCGCGGGUCCCCUUGCCCUGUGGUGCUGAGACAUGCAGUUUGAUGCCCAUAGCGUGUGUUUGUGUGAGUAGAGAUGGAGUGUCCUCACCCCAAUGUGUGCCCAUUUUGCCUGGAAUACUCGGUCCCCUGGCGCCCUCUACUGGGUAAGUAAGGGGAAUGGGAGGCAAUUAACCUUGGCAGGCAUUUUUGUUAGCUAAAGUUCUUAAAUUUGAAUGGAGGUUCAGUUGGAGUUUUGGCUUUGGGAUUCGACACCCAUAGCACCUGUGCAUGGCCAGCUGGAGUUUUGGCUUUGGGAUUCGACACCCAUAGCACCUGUGCAUGGCCAGCUAGGGAUUCGGCUCUGGGAUUCGACCCCCAUAGCACCUGUGCAUGGCCAGCUGGGGUUUCGGCUCUGGGAUUCGACCCCAAUUACACCUGUGCAUGCCCAUCUCUCUGCCCAUUACCCUCAAGCUCGAAGGCUCGGUUGCCUCAUGGCUGUCUGGUGGCACCAGGUCUGGAGUUUUGUCACAGAUGGCAGUUUUAUCUACCUCUGUGUUUUAAGGUAUCUUGCAUAUUAACACAAGAAUGCAUUUCCUUUCACUAAUAAAAGCACUAACUUGA